UCUCUCUCUCUCUCUCUCGCUCUCUGUGAUAUGAUUUGUAUAUGAGCAUUGGAGCCGACGGUUCUUCUGUCGGAAUGCCAGUGCUACAGGAAUUAGCUCGCUUCCACUGAUCACAGAAAACGGAGAGAGACCGCGAUGGCUUCAAAAGAACUCGCCGUCUCCUGUUUCGUCAACGUCAGCAGGGAAAUAACAGAGAGCAUCAAGAAAGUGCUGGAGAAGCCUUCCAUCAAGUUCGUACGCGGCGUGAAGUUGGACACGAAGAGCGGCAAAUCCGAGGACAGGAUUCUGGUGCUGACGGCAUGGAGGCUCUACCUUCUUGCGGCCAAGGUGCCGACAAAGGUCGAAACAACUUUCAACUUCUUGGAGAUUCGCGCAAUGAACACUCACCCCGAGCACCAGGUUGUCAUAGAAACGGACAAGUCCACAUCCUCCCUGAGGCUCCAGUCACGUGAUCACCUUGAUCAUGUGAUCAGCCACAUCAACUUUGCCCUCUCUCGAAUCUUCAACAACUCUGUGUUCGCUCCAUCCAUCUGUCGGUAUGACGGGGACCCCUCUGACGGGAACCGGAAGUUCUCCCCGAGCUCAGAGACUUCUGUGGAAACGCAGAGAGCUUGUGGGGGAUUCUCAGAGACCUAUGCAGCGUUAUGUGACUACAAUGGCAUCGGGUGCAAAGAGGAAGUGCAGUGGGAUGUGGACACCAUCUAUCACUCUCAGGACAACAGAGAGUUUAACCUGCUCGACUUCAGUCACCUUGAGAGCAGGGACCUGGCAGUGAUCGUGGCCUCCAUGGCAUACAACACCUGGUUCACCAAACUCUACUGCAAGGACCUGCGCAUAGGCUCUGAGGUCAUAGAACAGAUCUUGCACACGCUCAGUAAGUCCAGCAGCCUGGAGGAGAUCACUCUGGAGAACGCUGGACUCAAAGCAGACUUUCCUCAGAAAAUGGCGACGGCUCUGUCUGAAAACCCUGCCUCCGUCAUCCACUCCCUCAACCUGGCACACAACACGCUGGAUAACCAGGGCGUCUCCAACCUCAUUCAGCAAGUCUGUCGCCUCAGCAGAGGCCUCCGGCUGCUCAACCUCUCCAAGACCUCGCUGUCCUCCAAGGGUGUGGUGGCUCUCUCCCAGGCUCUCUGCUCCAGUGAUGAUUACUCAAACUCCCUCCUGCACCUGGACCUCAGCCGCAACCCAGGGGUGCUGUCUGGGGAGGACGCCACGAACCUGUAUCUUUUCCUGGCACAGCCUAACUGCCUGGUGCACCUGGACCUCUCUGGAACAGACUGCGCCGUGGAUUCGUUGUUUGGGGCGUUACUCAGGGGCUGCUGUGCUGAUCUCUCCUACCUGAACCUCUCCAAGAACUCUUUCUCACACAGGAAAGUACGGGAGUCUCUUCCGUUGUUUCGUCAGUUUUUCAGCUCGGCCUUCAGUCUCACACACCUCAGCCUGGCGUCCAUGAAGCUGCCCCUCGACGUGCUCAGCACCACACUGAGGAGUGUCACAUGGGACCGUAACAACACCACGGCAACUGGGCUCCAGGAUGUGGCCCGAGCUCUUGAACACAACUUCACUCUGCAGUACAUGCCCCUCCCCCUCAGUGAUGUCACCCAGGCCUACCGUGGCUCCUCAGAGAAGACUGAGCAGGCGCUGACCAAGAUCCAGCGUGCUCUGCUGAGGAAUAAUCAAACCCAGAGGUUCUCUCAGAGGCAGGCCCUCCGCCUCCACCAGGGCCUGGUCACCAGCACUGCCGAACAGGUGAUGGAGCGCCUGUGUGUGCGCGUGCAGCAGCAGGUGUGUGUUCUGCGGGGGUCGAGCGAGGGGGAGGAGCUACAGGCCGCCAGGCAGGUGCUGAAGGAGGCCCGGAACUCCCGCGCGCUCUACCCCUCUCUAUGUGAGCUGGCCCAUGUGCUCUCAGUAGACGGGCCGGUCAGACAGAAGCUGGACUCGCUGGCAGGAGAACUGGCCAAAGCAGCGGACAAAGAGCUGCAGGUGAUCGUGGACUCCAUGGUGUCGCUCUGUCGGGAGCUCUGCCCUCUCUCCUCCUCGGCGGCCGAGCGCCUGACUCCGCCCCUCUCCUCCGUCUCCGAGCGCGUCUCCAUCCCUCGCUCCACCAUCCGCUCCGCCCUGAUGGAGAGAGCAGCACAGGACAUCCACCGAGCUCUGGAGGAGGUGAAGCUGUCGGUGGUCUCCUAUCUGACGAACUCCAUAGUGGAUCAGAUUCUGCAGGAGCUCUACAGCACACACAAAGCCCUGAGUCGGCAGGUGUCUCAGGUGAAGCCCUGGGACGAGACCGGGACAGGGAGGAGAUCUCACAGACACCGAGACUCCCUGGACAUCACUGACGAAGAGCUGGGGACCAGCAUCGACACUAUUGCUAUAAAGAAGAGGAGCUCCAGGACAAGACGAAUCCGCCCCGUGUCCACCAGACUGAGUCUGGGUGAUGACUCCAGUGCCUCCCCUCCGUCUUCAGUACCGCCACACUCCGCCCCCCUCUCUCGCUCUGCAUCAUGGGAGUGUCUGUCUGCCCUGCCUACCCAGGGUGCACCUCUGCAUCAUGUGACCAGGGUUAGGCCGAGGCCACCGCGGAAGCACCGGAGAGGACACGCCCCUCCUGAAGCACACUGCACAGAAAAUGGAGCCGUUACUCCUCUCGAUGAUGGACUGCCUGAUUUUUAUACCAAGAGAGUCCUGCCUGGCAGCCAGCUUUCAUCUCUUCACCAAGCUCAGUCCUUCAGAAGAAAGAAGAGACGCAGUAUGCUGUCAAUCUUUGGUUUCCGUAGGAACCGCAACUCUACAGUCUCCACUCAGGAGUCCACGGCGGUGGCAGGUGCCUGUGGAGAGGAGCCCAGGACAGUGGCGUCUGCUCCCAGCAGUUCUGCUACAGAGAACAUAUACGCUAUCCCCCACCGUGCAAGGGAUUGUGGGAAAGCAGAUCCCCCCAGGGAUGAGGCUAAGGGAAAAGAAGAGGAACAGAAGGGGGAGGGCCAGCUGGAGGCUAAACCAAUGCCUGGGGUGGGGGGAGGCAAAUCCCCCUGCUUCUCACAGAAAGAGGGAUCGGAGCAGGACACGGAGACAGACAAACCCACAGACCCAGACGGGCCAGCAGACGAGCCGGAGGAGACGGACCAGGGCGGGGACGACCGACAGACGGACAGACAGACGCCACACCCGCAGACUGAGGUCCAGAGGGGCCCCAGGACCCCCGUGGACGUGCUGGCUUCCCCGGGGCCGGGGCCGGGGCUGGGGCCGGGGCCGGAGACGGACAGACGGACAGGGGCCACGCCCACAGAGGAGCAUUGUGGGGACAUCGCGAGCGGGCCGAGGCCAGACCCCCCGCCGCAGAGCGCCAAGCCCAGCCUGGCCCAUAUGAGGCAGCGCCACCUGCAGCAGAGCUCGGAGUCAUCUGUGGAAGGAGAGUUAGCAGUGGGGAGAGAGAAAGAGGUGGAGGAGGAGGAGGAGGAGGAGGAGAGAGGUAGCAAAACAGAGGGACAUCCUCCUCCCAUCCCUGAAAAGCCUGUUGACCUUAAACCAAUCAGCAACAGGAGUCCUGUGGACACGCCCACUGCUGUGAUGUCUCCAAUAGAGGCAGCCAGUGAGAGAAAGAUCCCGCCUCCUGUGCCUUCAUCCCUCACCAAGCCUAUCUUGGGUUCAGUGGACAUGGCUGUCAAUCAAGAUGAAGAGGGGAUGAAAGGAGCAGUUCCUCUGAAGCCCCAGAGGAACAGGAAGUCACACUCGUGUGAUAUAGGCUUUGACAGGGACAGCUCUGGCAUCCCUGAGAAACUGUCUGACCGCAAGCCCCCAAUGAAAAAACCCAGACUGCCCCAGAACAGAAACAAAUCCCUGGACCUCCCUGGUACUUCUACUGGUAAUGGAAGUCGAGAUUUUGGCAACAGUGAGGCCUCAUGACAACAGUGGAGGCCGCUGACAGUUGCCAUGACAACUGUGGAAUAAGGGGGCGAGAAAGAGAGUGAGAGAGAGAGAGUUGGAGGGGUCGGUACAAUCAGAAGUGCACUGAGCAGAGAUCACACAAAAACACAUCUGUUUCUCUCCUCUCUCCCUCCACCUACACACACACACACACACAAGUACACAUAUGCACGCACAUGCACACACACACACACACACACACACACACACACACCAUGUUGCAAUGUCUGGAGUGGCCCUGAAUCAGGUGGCUAUUGGCCACCAUCCCACUCAGUGACAUCACAACCAGAAUGACAUUCUGGAGUCCAAAGAGCCCUGUGAUUGGCUGUUUCCCUCUGUUGCUUCCUCCCCUUUUCACUGUCCCUCUGCUGGCAAACUGUGAUACCGCUGCAGUAUGAGCAACAUAAUCAUUAUCAUAAAAAGUGUUAAUAAUAUGUGCAUAUUUUAUGACAUUUUGCAACCUUCGUUCGAAUCAGUUUUAGAAUUACUGUCUGCCUCUUAUGCCUUACGGAAAUUGAAUAUACUGAGGUGUAUUGUAAAUAAAUAUGUGGAUCGUUAUUUUGAGAAUAUCGUAAUAAAUAUAUUUCACAGCAGAUAUAUACAUACAUACGAAAAUACAAUGAGCUCUACAAUGUUUUGGAAAAAAAGAUAUUUGUUUUCUUGAUUUGGCUGUGUGCUCCACAAUUUUUGAUUUGUAAUCAAGCCAUUCACAUUUGAUUAAAGGGCACAUUCUCAGCUUUUAUUGUUUAAGGUAUUUUAACACACUUUUAUUUUACCACGUAGAAAUUACAGCACUUUUUAUAGAUACCAAAAGUACCUGUACCCGUCGGACAAGCGUUUGGGAGUUUUUCUUCAUUACAGUGAGAAUUCAUUGCUCAUCAACUGUAGAGGUCUUCCUUCGCCUACAUAGGCCCUUUGCAAUUACUGAGCUCUCCAGUGCUCUUUCUUUUUAAUGAUGCUCCAAGAAGUUGAGUUUGGAAAGCCUAAGGUUUCGCCUGUGUCUUUGAAUGUUUUUUUUUUCUAAUUUCUCAGACACAUAAUGGCUUCCUUGACUUUCGUAGCUCUGGUUCUCAUGCAGACAAAUGCCUAUCACAGACUCCAAAAGGCAAUCACAAGCCAAGAAUCAAGACUAGAUACUGAAAGCUCUCUAAUACCUGCACUACGGAAGCAAUUAAAUGUCUGCAUGGUGAAACCAAAAUGUAUAACAAAACCGUUUGAUAAAAGGUGAAAUUCUGCACCUGCACAUGUGAAUUGUUCGAUUACAAAUCAAACAUUGUGGAAUUCAGAGCCAAAUCAAGAAAUAAUAUGUCGUUGUCCUAAGCAUUAUUGAGCUCACUGUAUAUAACAAUUAAUUUCUGAGAGGCAACAAUUUGUGUAUUUGCCCAUACAUCAUUAACUGUUGCAAUACCUUGAUAAUGAUUACGUUAUUUCAAUAUAUUUUAUGUGCAUUCUGUUUUCAUAAGAACUAUUAUUAUUAUUAUUAUUAUUAUUAUUGUUAUUGUUAUUAUCAGGUUUGCAUUGAUGUUUAUGUUAUUGAUCUGUGAUCAGUGUCCAUAUAGUUUGCUGUAGCCUGAAUUUGCACUGAGUUGUUGAUAAUCCUUGUCUGAAGCGAGAUGAUUUAUAUCUUUUGGCUUUUCUGGACUGAAAUGCAAUAUAUUUUAUAAAAGUUUGUGUGAGAGUAUGAAUAUUAAUGAAUAAAGAGGGAGGCUCUGUCCUAUG